AUGUGCAAGGCAACCUUCAAGACUGCCAAGACACGGCUGCAUCACAUGAAACACAAGCACAGCCUGUGUGUUACAGCACCCAGCAGCAGCAGCACACUAGCUGGCCAACAGGUGAAGCCAGGUCAGCCCAUCAUAACCCAGGCUCCUAUGGGCCAGCCAACCUUUCUCCACAUGGAACCCCUUGGGCCCCACCAGCAGGUGGACAACAUAGACACUGAACAAAUCCGGAAACUAAUAGAAUCUUUGGGGAACGUGCGCAAAGUGAACCAGGUGGUGAUACUGGGACAGGUGCCGCCACACGGUCAACCAUUUGCUCUACAGUGGCUACAGGGAAUGAGAGAGCAUUUGCAACCUCAUUUUACUCAACCACAGUUUAUAGAGCUGAAAAAGACUUGGGGUGGAGAAGCUGAGCAUUCUGGAUUAACACAAACACAUGAAGGAGAGAUGAUUCCUCAGCAGUUACUUGGACAGACUGGUCAGACAGUUGAAGAAGAGAACAAUAUGAUUCAGACUGUAUCAAUGGAACAGGUGUUCUGUCACAGUGAAAUAGUUGAGCUGGGGAAAACAACUGAACAAAGUCAAACGGUUGUGUUGGAAGUCACUCCCUCACUGAUACCAACUCUGGAGUUGGAACAGACUCAAACUGAUCAACAGGGACUUAUGUCUGCUUCCUCACUACCAACAAUUCUAUUUGAACAGACUUCUGGACAGAAUCAAAUGGUUCAGGAGGGAAAUAUGUCUGUCCCGUCACUCAUACCAACAGUUGAGUUAACGCUGACGACAUUAAAAACUGAUCAGCAGGACGAACUCUCCACUUCCUCAUUGGUACCAACAGUUAAGUUUGCACAAACUCCUCCUGGACAAACAAGCCAGGUAGGAGAGACGGCCAUACAGAUGGAAACAUUACAGUUAGAUCAGAUCCAUUCCAAUAUUGGACAGACACAACAGAUAGGAAUAGGAGGGCAAGGAUCAGUUGAGAAACCUCUUCUAGAAAACACAGAGAGUGAGCAGCACCACAUUUUGGAAAAGCCUUGCGAAGGAAAGAAACAGACAGCACAAGAGCAGUUGCAAACACUGAUCGAUAAGUCUGCUUCUAACAACGCACUAAACAACAGAGAAAUACAACCUCGCAGUCAGAUGUCAGAAAUAUUCCCUCCGCCAUUAGAGACAAAAAAGACGCCACAGAGUUCACAACUGCCUGUGCAUUUGAUGUCAGUACAAGAAUUUGUUAAAGUGAGGACGAGAAAGCAGCCAAAGAACUCUAUAAUGCAAGGAAAUAUGCAACAACAGACAGUUGAGUUGAAAGAGAAGCCUACCAAACGACCAAGAGCAAAGAAAGCUUGUCUUGUCGUGAAGUUUGGUCCUAAAGAGAAAGAGAAGCCUAAAAAUCGGAAGAAGCUUCCACAACCAUCUAAGCUGCUUCAGAAAGGAGACCAGAUUCAGGACGUGAACCAAAUGUCUCUCACAACUCAACCUGACAAAAAAUUGCCCUUAAAAAAGGUUGGUCAAGAAAAAAAGGUCAAGAAAAAAAACGGUAUUUCCAAGUCAAAAAUAAAAUCCCCAUCUAUAUUGUGUGACUCACAUGUGCAGCAAGUCUUGCAGGUAGAAGAGCAGGUGCAGCAAGUGAAGCUGAGGAAGAAGAAAGUAAAAAAGCAAAAAGAUGUCAUUAAUGAGACUCAUUCUGAGCAGAUUAGCUCUGAGCAGAUUAGCGAGCAAGAGGUGAUAGCUCCACCCAAGCCAAAAAAGAAAAAGCAGCAGAAGAUACGGCAGGAGGACCAGCCUAAGAAAACAAAGGGCCAAAAGCGAUCAAAAACGGGGAGAAAGAAAAAGAAACCGAAUAUGGAAGCAAGCCCAAUAUCAGAAGAUAUGCCCGACCCUGAAAUAAAGCAACAGUCCCUACUCCUACUGAAGGGUCACAAACAGCCCCAAUUAAAAGUUUACAAAUUAGAUGCCUCAAAAGCCCCCCAAGGGCAAACAGAUCCCCAGCAAGACCAAGACACCCAUCCCAUCCAUAAGAAGAAAGGGCCAAAAAGCAAACAACUGAAAAUGCUAGCUGCUGGAGGGAAUAGAAAAGUAGGGAGGCCCAAAAAGAGCCACACAGCACUCUCUAUGUUGGCUCCUUUAAAGGCUACACCUCAUUCUUCUGACACAUCUCCGACCAAGCCAAAGACCAGCAGGAAACGUAAGGCCCCAAAAGUGGAGACUGAGGGGAUCAUCAGCGGCUCUCAUUCCCGGCGAGCCCUUGAAUGUAAGGACUGUGGAGAGAGGUUCUCUGACGUCUCGUCCCUCCAGGAGCACAAGGCAGCCCUGCAUGCAGUGGAGAGCCCUGGUCUCACCUACACUAACGGCAACAUCUUUGAGGGUGUUUCUGGGUCAGAUCUAGGCCAGCCUCCACUAAAAGUGACUGAAGAGGUCAUUGAGAAUUCAUUGAGUCAAAAUACGUUUGGAAUGCAGGUAGCAUCUGACUGGGAUAUAGAGGUGGAGAUGAGAGAGAGAGGGUUGGGAGAAAGAGGGGAGCGAGUCUCAUUCCCAGCCCUAAACCCUUCCCCCUCUCUGCCUCUGGCUGCUGCGCUUGUUGAAGGUGGACAGAAGGAAAGGGAGAAGAACAUGGAUAACACUGCAGAGGGGAUGGAAUCAUUUUCUCAUAUGGCCCCAAAUUCAACUCUAUCUUACUCCCCUCCACAAGUUCAAUUCCCUUAUCUGUCCAAAUCUGACAAGGUCCAAACCCCUUCUGUCCGAGAGUCUUUCUCCUCCUCACCUCACACCCAUAGCCCCCCUCCACAGCUGUCACCAAACAGAGGACACUAAGUCAGAGAGUCAGGGCAAUAUGAAUGACACUGCUGAGACUCUCAUACCUACUGUUUCUGGAUCUGAGCACCUAGGGCCUAUUGAGGAUGAAAUUAAAGAGGAGUUACUACUUGAGGUGGAUUUGGUCACUGUUGGGGGUGGGGACCAAAAUGAGGGGGAACACCAGAGCUCACCUCAUGAAGACAGUUCACACAAUGAGGGAUCCAGCCUUCAUGACAACAACAGCACUCAUGCACUACCUACACAUGCUCAGAUUGAAAAUGUGAAUACAACUGUAACAACCCAAAAUGCACAGACCGAAUCCUGCCCCUCUGACCCACUGGAGAUCAAGCAAGAAGAGGAGGAGAUUAUGGUGCAGAGGAGAGAAGAGGAAAAGAGGGAAGUGGGAAGAAAUAAUUACACCAGGGGCAGGAGAAGAGGAGUUGGACGUGGGAGGAGAGGUUCAGCCACAAGGAAGAGUCUAGAAGGAGAGGGCAUGAGAGAAAUGGAACCAGAGAAAGAAACUGAUGAAUGUCGAGUAGUCUACCAGCUGUAUUCACUCACUAACGAUACUGAAAUCAAGGAUGAAGCAGACGUCACUACUCUCCAUCCUGGUCAGUCAUCUCCCAUCAGUCUACAGACCGAGAUCAGAUCUAUCUCUGAGCAAAACACGCAAACAGCUCCAUGUCCAUCUAGAUCCUGCAUCCCACUGCUAGAGGAGGACCCUGAGGACCAGGUAGUGUUUGAGCUAGAGUCAGUCACCACCAGUGUGGUGGAGGUGUUGAAGACAGAAGAUGGGAUGGUGAUGAAGGGAGUAGCAGGGGACCAGGAACAACAGAGAUACUGGCCAAUCCCCAGGCAUCAUACUGGAGAGGUUCCUCACCUCAAGGCAGAGAGAGGCAGCAGUAGGGGAGAAUGGAGUGGUGCUCAUGGCAGACUUGAGAGGUCAGGAAGUCAAGGUGGAGGAGAACACCUCAGAUUUGGUUCCCGUGCCACACACCUCUCAUGCCAGACACACAGUGGAGCAGAGGGGGGUCAGGAUGUAUCUGGUGAAGCAAGAAAACAACCUGGUUUUGAAUGACCCCCAGGUUAGUCAUGGUCAAUCCCAAUUGAAUGUGGAGCAGAGCAGUGCCAGGCAGUGCAUAUUCUACCCAGUGAAGGAGGAGGAGAGUGAGCUUCUAGAGGAGCCAUCUCAAAGUGAGCAGGGGGUACCAGUGCUGGUGGUGCCUGGAGAGUCCAGACUCAACCAUCCAGUGGAGGAUCUAUCCAUUACCAACCCUGACGUAGAGGAGUAUGAGGUGAACAGGAGAGCAGCAAAGUUGGGAACUGAGAUCAAUGAGUAUGGAGAAGGUAAGAUCUACUCAACACGAGUCAAGUGGUUGUAGCAAUGUACAUGAUCAGUUUCAUAAGCAAUAGUGAAGGUAUCCAUAGAUGUGACUAAAUGCUGUUUCUUUUUUCCAGGUGACCUGGACUUUGAGCAGCAGGACACUGAGGAGCUUGUUGAUUUCCUACUUCAGAAUUCUGACGCAGUGGAGUCAGGGGUUGUUGAAUGUUGUGACCCGCAGCCUGACCCUGAGGCUGUAGUUAUGGCCUGUUACCAUGACAGCCAAAACCAUGCCUCACUGCAUUCAAAUGAAAUACCAAACAAGUAAGAAUUGUAAUUUGCCUUUAACUCAUCAUGAAUACACUGUACAAUAUAAUUUUAAAGUUUCAACUUUAUUGUCAUGUACUGUAUGUAUCCUUAAGGACAUGUCAUGUUGUCAGUUUUGAUGUAAAUUGUUGUCCUCUCUCAGCUUGCCAACCACAAAAAGCCAGGCUGAUUCAGGAUCUACGGGAGGGUCCCAGACAGGAACUGGCUACAUGAAACCCAUUGAUUACUUCUCCAAGUAUUUUGGUUGGGACACUUGGGCAGAGAUUGCCCGGUGCACAAAUAAAGUGUCCCAUCUAUCGAACCCAGUGACAGCAAAAGAGGUGGCCCAGUUUGUCGGAAUCCACAUUGCCAUGGGAACAUUGAAGGUAUUUAAAUAAAAGUAUUAGCGUAUAAUCUGAAUCUUAUUCAUAUUGCGUCUAGUUUUAUUGCAUCGUCAUCCUUACUACACUGAAUGGGACAUGUAAAGAACAAAGUAGUUAGGCCUAGUGGGUCAAACUCAUGCUAAUCUCUGCACUUUUGAAUGUCUACAAACAGUCAUUGUUAUGAGCAUACUAUCUAAUGCUGCAUAAACUAACAUCAUCGUCUUCAAUGUCUUUCUCCUCUCCUAGUUCCCCAGUCUCAAGCUGUACUGGCAGGACUUCACCAGGGUGCCUCUGGUUGCUGACACCAUGUCUGCCUCCCGCUUCUCCCAGCUCUCCUGCAAACUGCAACUGGCAUCUCCAGCGCCAGCAGGGGAUCCCAUGGACACCCACGAAGCUGGACACAGUGGUAAUCCAGACAGGCCUAAGGAGGGAGACGCCACAUGCAACACACUCCGAGCUUUACACACCCCAGCUAAUUCUACAGUUGGCACAAUUGAAGCUGAACUGGAUGGCAGUGGCCACACACUUACAAGCGGCCACAGUCAAAUACAAGCUCUUAGCUCUAAGUCUGUGUCUGCAAAAUCCACAACACAGACGUCCACAAUCCCUCACAGCAAUUGGCAGAGGUGUGGGGACAUAACCAUCCAGCCAGGACUGUUUUAGUUUUAAAACUGACCCCCUUUGGAAGGUUAGACCGUUACUGGACCACGUUCGGGCCGGAUGCCUGAUGCUGAGAAGAGAGGGUGACCAUGGAGUCGAUCAAUACCCUCUCCCUUUGACGUGUAGAGCGGUCAACAACAAGCGGCCCUCCUUGCACAGCACUGUCUUAGUUGGAUCGGACAGUCUGAUCCUAGAUUUCAACCUUAGUCUGGAUCUCUCCAUUAAAGAGGCCACUGUUGAGAAAAUGGUGCCCAGAGAAGGGAUGGUGUAUCUCUGCAAGCAGGAGCUCUCUACCCCUGCCAUGUUGGAGCACCUCCUAGGGUCUGGGGUUCACGGUGCGGGCAAGGUGGGAGGAGCCAAAGGACAGAUGGGUGAUGAGUUUGUUAGCUCUGACGGGCGGCUGAUGCUACACAGGUACCAUCUCGGCUUCAUCCUCUCUACUGUAGGGAAGGCCCAGCAGAACAUGGCAUCUCUCGUCGACAGCUUUGAGAAGGCCCAAAAGGCAGCCAGCCUCAAUAGAGACUUAAUAAAUCUCUACCAUUCCCCACUCUCAACCUCCGCACCAACUAGCUGGCCACAGGCUGUUCUGUGGUACCUUACAGAUCUGGCUCUGGUAAACUCAUGGAUGCAGUACAGGCAGGAUCAUGUUCCUCUGCCUGAGCCUCUGAACCUCAUGGCAUUCAGGCUAGAGGUCUCCAAGGCCUUGGUCCUCUCCAGUGGCUCAGACACCCAGGACUCAGCCCCUCCGCACCCCCCUCCUCAGAAAUUACACGCCCCGGGCACAGCCCCAGAUCCUGGCCUGUUACAGGAGAGUCCUCUCCCUGAUGUGGCCACGAGGUAUGACGGUUCGGGCCACUGGCCUGAGCAGCUUGGGGACAGAGAAGGUGGCAGGUGCCGCUUCGGAGGCUGUGAGCGAAUGUCUCGAGUACGAUGCCUCAAGUGUUGCGUGUUUCUCUGCAUCUCUCGUAACCACAACUGCUUCUUGAAUUUCCACAGUCAAGGGAGUUUUUGAAGCGGACUUGCAGUGAAGAUAAUUAAUUAGAGUUCUUUGUUUAUUAAUUAAGUGGUACAUUUUAUUUAAUGGUAUGUUUAGCUUUUUUUUAAUGUUAUGUUUUUUUAUUUUAGGUUAGAAGCUCAGAUUUCAUAUUUUCCCCCCAACCCCAAAUAUUUGUUUUGUGUACUUCUCUCUUUUCAGUGUCAGCUUUCGUCCUGUGCAGUAAAUUAGGAACUUGGUCCCUUUUAGCCUACUGUGUAAAUGCAAUGGCUUUUGUUGUAUGAAUUUGCCUACAAAAUAACAUGUGAAUAGAGAAUUAAUGAUAACCAUAAAGUGACUGUCUCUGAAACCAAGUGAAAAUACAUUUGAUGUUUUUUUUCCUGAACCUUGUUUUGUUGUUUACAUGCCAAGAAGCUUUUGCAUGUGUUUUUGGCAUUCUUUGUAAAUUGAAUAAUUUAUUUAAUACUAUUUGAGCAAAUACAUGUAGUAAGCUUUCUAACUGUUUGGGUUGUGAAUUGUAUUGGUCUACCUGCUGCUCUCAAAGUAUAUUAUUCACCGGAGUUAUUAAUCUAGUCUUUAGCUACAACCAGCGAAUGAAUUCGAUUAUUUACUAAAUCAACCGCACCCAAGCAUAGACAAACACGUGUCCAUGCAUUUGCUCAAGUUUUUAGUGAAAACGAGCAGAGAAGCAUUACGCUACAUUUUUUUUUGCUGAAGACCAAAAUAUUGCCCUUAUCACGUGACAAGGGUCAAUUCAAUUUCCACAUUCACUUCACUGUACUGGAAGCGGUUUGAGGUAGGUGGCUAACGGCUUGUUCACAAUUCAUGUUUAGCUGUAACGUUAGUUUGCUAAUAUAUCGUUUAAGACUUAUGCCUACAUAUUUACCAUAUAAUUAUGGUGGGGCAGUUGGUUUCCGUGAACUAAACGUGUCCGUAAUAUGCUAAAAUGUUAUUUCUCCGUUUGAAUUGUUAGCCAGCCAGCUAAUGUAGCUAGCUAGCUUAUGUUAUUCGAACUUGGAAGUUAACGUUACUUAGCAAACCAUUGAGGGAGAGGACUAUAAGGUAAGGACACAGCUGACUUUUAAACCCUCUAACAAGAACCUAAAACGGACCCCUAAACUCAUUUUAAUACAUUCUUAACUAAAAUAUCGGUUUGGGCAUCAGGCGUGUCGUUGUAGCCUUUUCCAACCAUUGAGGUGAAACUCUUGUAAGACAAACGUUAGCUUAAGUCAUGUUUACGCAGCUAGUAGACAUGUAACAUGUAUUUAAUGUCUAUGCUAAUGACGAUAGACAUCUAGCCAAAGUAUAACUACCGUUACUUCACUUCGUGAAAAUUAAAAGCUGUUUCUGGGGACACUCGCAAUCUAUCCUUCUAAUGACUAACUUACGGUAGCUAGCUAACGUUAGCUAUAUAUGAAAUGGGCAUCCUCCUCACCGCUAGCUAGCAAUCGUUAGGGCCUUGUUGGUUUGGGAACCUAUUUCAGCUAACGUUAGCUCCUUGAGCUUCUAGCUAUGCAUGUUUAACGGUAUCUUAUGUUUACCUUAUUGCAAGCUAGCAAGCAAAUGAAAAAUCCAUUGAUUAUGGUCAUUUAACUACCUCUAGUUAUAACGUUAGCUAACCUUAGCUGGCUAAGUAGUUAACUAGUCAACCACUUAGUUAACAACUAACAUCGAGUUAGCUAGCCAGCUAACGUUAGUAGCUGGCCAGCCAUAAAUUCAAUGGAGACGUUUUUUUUUUUUUUUUAACCAACCAGUCCAAAUAAGGGGGAUUUAAUUGAGAUACGCCUGUGCACAAGUGUUAUCUAUUGAAAAUGUAUGUAAAUGUCUGUCAUAACUUUUCAGUUUUCUAGCUUGCAAUGUGAGGAUAACCAUUAUGAGCUAAAUUAAAGCCCAUCUCUGGCUACAUGGCAUAUUCAUUUCCCUCCCUCAUUGGCUAACUCUCUCUCAUCCUCCUUUAUGUUUAAACUUUUCAGGACAUCCACUCUCCCACGAUGGACUCAGACAUACUGAAUAUAGAGGAGAUAGUGAUGGGGAAGGGGCCACCGGAUCCCCCUGCAGAACUGACCACUGAGAAACCAGCGGAACCCUACAAACCCAUUUCCUCCUUCAAAGCACCGCCCCCACCCACCAUACAACCAUGUGAGCUGGGUGGAAGUUACUCUACUGUUUUUGUAAUGACUCACAGAUAGGGCUGUACGAGUCAUGACUGCAGUCAAAUUCCACGUGGCUGCUGAUGGUCAUUAGUAGCCUACCAAACUUGCUAGCUGCCUGGUACUCAGCACUCUAUUGUCCCUCUAAUUACUCUGACAUCAAUGCAAAUGUAAUCGAAAAUCUAAUCAAACACUUAAUGAGAGCCCAUGAGCUCAUGUUGCGCAACAUUUCUAUAGGCUAUGCAAUUGCAUGAGAAAACAGAGGGAUGGUCUCUUAAAAAGAGGAUCCCAUCAGCUUUCUAUAUGCUAGGCCUACUAUAUUUAUUUAUCUAUUUUCCAAAUAUUAAGCACAUUGCUUCUCUUUACAACAGGAGUAUAGCCUACCUGGCUGGCAUGAAAAUGAACCACGGGAAAAGCAUCCUCCAUUCGCUAUUUAAGUGCAUAGAUGACGUUUUUUCCCCCCGCUACCCCUGUUUCGAGACGUAGCGAGACAGGUGCAUGAUAACGGUCCAUUCUAAAUCAAAUACAAAUUUCACACACAUUAUUUAGUAUACAGUACCAGUCAAAAGUUUGGACACACCUACUCAUUCCAGGGUUUUUCUUUAUUUUGACUAUUUUCUACGUUGUAGAAUAAUAGUGAAGACAUUUAAACUAUGAAAUAACACAUGGAAUCAUGUAGUAACCAAAAAAUAGUUAAACAAAUCAAAUUAUAUUUUAUAUUUGAGAUUCUUCAAAGUAGCCACCCUUUGUCUUGAUGACAACUUUGCACACUCUUGACAUUCUUUCAACCAGCUUCAUGAGGUAGUCACCUGGAAUGCAUUUAAAUUAACAGGUGUGCCUUGUUAAAUGUUCAUUUGUGGAAUUUCUUUCCUUCUUAAUGCAUUUGAGCCAAUCAGUUGUGUUGUGACAAGGUAGGGGUGGUAUACAGAAAAUAGCCCUAUUUGGUAAAAUACCAAGUCUAUAUUAUGGCAAGAAAUGCUCAAAUAAGCAAAGAGAAACGACAGUCCAUCAUUACUUUAAGACAUGAAGGUCAGUCAAUCUGGAAAAUUCCAAGAACUUUGAAAGUUUCUUCAAGUGCAGUCGCAAAAACCAUCAAGCGCUAUGAUGAAACUGGCUCUCAUGAGGACCACCACAGGAAAGGAAGACCCAGUGUUACCUCUGCUGCAGAGGAUAUGUUCAUUAGAGUUACCAGCCUCAGGAAUUGCAGCCCAAAUAAAUGUUUCACAGAGUUCAAGUAACAGACACGUCUCAACAUCAAGUGUUCAGAGGAGAAUGUGUGAAUCAAGCCUUCGUGGACGAAUUGUUGCAAAGAAACCACUACUAAAGGACACCAAUAAUAAGAAGAGACUUGCUUGGGCCAAGAAACACGAGCAAUGGACCUUAGACCAGUUGAAAUCUGUCCUUUGGUCUGAUGAGUCCAAAUUUGAGAUUUUUGGCACCAACCGCUGUGUCUUUGUGAGACGCAGAGUAGGUGAACGGAUGAUCUCUGCAUGUGUGGUUCCCACUGUGAAGCAUGGAGGAGGUGGUGUGAUGGUGUGGGGAUGCUUUGCAGGUGACACUGUCAGUGAUUUAUUUAGAAUUCAUGGCCCACUUAACCAGCAUGGCUACCACAGCAUUCUGCAGUGAUACGCCAUCCCAUCUGGUUUGGGCUUAGUGGAACUAUCAUUUGUUUUUCAACAGGACAAUAACCCAAAACACACCUCCAGGCUGUGUAAGGGCUAUUUUACCAAGAAGGAGAGUGAUGGAGUGCUGCAUCAGAUGAUCUGGCCUCCACAAUCACCCGACCUCAACCCAAUUGAGAUGGUUUGGGAUGAGUUGGACUGCGGAGUGAAGGAAAACCAGCCAACAAGUGCUCAGCAUAUGUGGGAACUCCUUCAAGACUGUUGGAAAAGCAUUCCAGGCAGGGACGGCUUGUUCAAUAGGGCGAUAUGGGCGACGCACUGCCAAACGGGAAAAGGAAGGGAUUUUUUUUCUAAUCAAUUCUAUCACGGCAACAGCAGUUAUCAGUGUUCACGUCUGAUCUGCCAGCCACUAAAUGUCAAAUCAGGCUAAAGUCGUGCUUCAAAUGGCCCCGCCCGUUUUUUGGGCGAUAUCAGUCAGGUUGAAAAUCGCCCAGAAGUCUCUCAUAGCCUGUCAUGUAAAAUCUAUUUUUUUCAAAUUUCAAAGCUUUCAAUACAUUCUCUAUGGGUGUCUGUGGGCAUGCACUUACGCGCUUUCGUCAUACGUGACGUAACGUUGAACGUAACUAAGACAAUGGCGGCUAACAGCGUCUAUGUUGCGACCUGCAGUGUGGCGUUAUUUUAUGUUUUUAAUUUGUAGACUUAGUUUACAAACAUUCUGCAAACAUUCUGCUUUGGACUGAUCUUCGGUUUUGGACUGAUCUUGUUGAUCGUGUACAUACCCGCUACGAACGGACUAAAUAAUGAAAACGCUGCUGGCAGCGGAAUCCAAUACAGCUGGGAGACAGGCUUCACCCUGGUCAGAGCGGACCGCGAUCCUGGUAAGAGAGCGACUCUACCCCGACAUUGAACUGCUUUCUGUGUCAUUGCGACCUUACUAUCUGCCCCGUGAGUUCCCCCAAUUGUUUGUUACCGUUGUGUACUGUUGAUAAUCACAAGUUUACUGGAGAACUGAUACCAAGUAGAGACUUUGGACAGGGUGGAUAUGGUAUAAUAAAGGCAGUUUAUUCAGAGGUAAAGAUAUCUGGAAUCGCGUGCACGGACUCGUUCGUCAAACUCUUAGGGAGAAGAGAGCCCCGAAAACAUUGUGUGCAGACAUUUUAUACAAUAAAUGAUGUAGGUUGAAUUGAAUCUAGUAGUUCUGAUCUUCUGAUUGGUCCUGAUGAGUUGGGCGAGGUCCCCUCCACUGUUGCAUUGGCUCUGAGUCGGGUUCUCUGUCUUCAAAUGUUCAGCCUAAAGAGAGGGGAUUUGUGUGUGUGUGUGUGUGUUUAACAGUGAUGAUGUGUGUGUGUGUGUGUGUUAUCAGUGAUGAUGUGUGUGUGUGUCCUCAGAGCAAGAACUCGUGAGUUGGAAGAACUGAACACAAAAUGGGUCAUGCACAAGAUUUUAGUCAGACCAAGCUAUAACAUUAUAUAUUUACUACGACAGUACAUUCAACCAAAAGCUAAUAUAACAAAGGCAUCAGAGAUUAUUAUAAUCUGUCACAGAAACUGGAAUCAUCUCCCCAGAUCAGUCAAUAAAUGCUUCUGGUAUUGACUUAUGCUGCCCCUGUCUUCAUGUUGUUGCUGGACAUAUCUUUUUUAAAAUGGUGUAGGUCACCUAUAUCAUCAGAAAAAUUGCCCCUCCUGAGAAUUUUGUCAGGAGCCGCCACUGAUUCCAGGUGAAGGUGGUUGAGAGAAUGCCAAGAGUGUGGAAAGCUGUCAUCAGGCAAAGGGGCUACUUGAAGAUCUCAAUAAAAUAAUUGUUUUGUUUACUAUUUGUACUCAUGAUUACAUAUGUGUAUUUAGUUGCUUCAUAUUAUUCUAAUGUAGGAAAAGUACAAAUAAGAAAAACAUGACUAUUGCCUACACUUGUGAAUUUAAUAUAUGUAGUAUUCAAAACACUGGAAUGAAUUUUGCUAUUGUGCCUUGUUAUAAGUUCAUUUGUGGAAUUUCUUUCCUUCUUAAUGCAUUUGAGCCAAUCAGUUGUGUUGUGACAAGGUAGGGGUGGUAUACAGAAAAUAGCCCUAUUUGGUAAAAUACCAAGUCUAUAUUUUGGCAAGAACAGCUCAAAUAAGCAAAGAGAAACGACAGUCCAUUACUUUAAGACAUGAAGUACAGUCAAUCUGGAAAAUUCCAAGAACUUUGAACGUUUCUUCAAGUGCAGUCGCAAAAACCAUCAAGCGCUAUGAUGAAACUGGCUCUCAUGAGGACCGCCACAGGAAAGGAAGACCCAGUGUUACCUCUGCUGCAGAGGAGUUACCAGCCUCAGAAAUUGCAGCCCAAAUAAAUGUUUCACAGUGUUCAAGUAACAGACACAUCUCAACAUCAAGUGUUCAGAGGAGAAUGUGGGAAUCAAGCCUUCAUGGACGAAUUGUUGCAAAGAAACCACUACUAAAGGACACCAAUAAGAAGAAGAGACUUGCUUGGGCCAAGAAACACGAGCAAUGGACCUUAGACCGGUUGAAAUCUGUCUUUGGUCUGAUGAGUCCAAAUUUGAGAUUUUUGGCACCAACCGCUUUGUCUUUGUGAGACGCAGAGUAGGUGAACGGAUGAUCUCUGCAUGUGUGGUUCCCACCGUGAAGCAUGGAGGAGGUGGUGUGAUGGUGUGGGAAUGCUUUGCUGGUGACACUGUCAGUGAUUUAUUUAGAAUUCAAGGCCCACUUAACCAGCAUGGCUACCACAGCAUUCUGCAGCGAUACGCCAUCCCAUCUGGUUUGGGCUUAGUGGGACUAUCAUUUGUUUUUCAACAGGACAAUAACCCAAAACACACUUCCAGGCUGUGUAAGGGCUAUUUUACCAAGAAGGAGAGUGAUGGAGUGCUGCAUCAGAUGACCUGGCCUCUACAAUCACCCGACCUCAACCCAAUUGAGAUGGUUUGGGAUGAGUUGGACUGCGGAGUGAAGGAAAAGCAGCCAACAAGUGCUCAGCAUAUGUGGGAACUCCUUCAAGACUGUUGGAAAAGCAUUCCAGGUGAAGCUGGUUGAGAGAAUGCGAAGUGUGCAAAGCUGUCAUCAAGGCAAAGGGUGGCUACUUUGAAGAAUCUCAAAUAUAAAAUAUGUUUUGUUUAACUCUUUUUUGGUUACUACAUGAUUCCAUUUGUGUUAUUUCAUAGAUGUUAUGUCUUCAGUAUUAUUCUACAAUGUAGGAAAUAGUACAAAUAAAGAAACCCUUGAAUGAGUAGGUUUGUUCAAACUUUUGACUGGUACUGUAUGUAAAGACAAGAUUAAAUCAAGAAUAGUGUGAUGGGUGACUAUUAGCCUAUCACUUGUGAAUUAUAUAUUAUCACUUGUGAAUGAUGCCCAGCUUAAGGCAAGAAACAGCGGAUGCUUUUUUGGUGACUUUUUCAAAUCAUAGUCACACACCUCAUGUAGCGUAGCCCAUAGGCCUAUAUGUUUUGAUAAGGUUUGUUUCACAACUAAAGUGUCCAAAUAACUUCUUAAAAUGAAGCACAUUAAUCUGCUUUACAACGGGUGUAGAGCCUAAUUGGCAUACAUACGCAGCAUGUGAGUUUUAAGUUUGGGGAAGAAAAUGUUCAUUAAAAUGCACCUUUUUAUAAUAAAAGCAUUACUUGCAUAAUCGCAUUUGUGGUCACAUUUGACAAAGGAUGUUUUUCUGCUAAUGGAACAUUCGCACUUAUAGCCUACUGCCAUGUGCGCAUUGCUGCGCUUAUAAUGUGAAGAAAUAGCCUAACAGUUUAUCAACAUUUUAAGCUAAAUAUUCUCAUCUGUUGUGUCAGGCUCAUUGCUUAAAACAGGUUUUUUGAUGCUAGUGGUUGUAUUAAUUUGGGAUCUAUCGCAUCCCACAACUGUCCCAGAAUAUGUUUGGAAUAUUUAUUUAUUGAAUAGAAUAGGUCAACUUUUGUACUAUAGGGGAUAGUAGAUUGACAUAGGCUAGUGCUUUUGCUGUUCAUUAGGCCUACUCAUCUUGUUGGCUGAGAAAAAGUAAAUAUGGACAGUUCUUCCAAUAUCUUCAAUAUGCACCUCGGAAUUGGAUAAGGACGGGCGCAGUUGCAGGUCCGAUGUGUGUCUUCACUUGUAGCCUGUGAUGGCGAGCCAGAGUGAGAGUUGCUUUGGCACGCAGCCGGGAGAAGGGAAUUAUAAUUAUUAUAUUCAUCCCAAGGGCACAACGGCCACUGGCCGCAAAAGGCAUGGAUUUUUGUAGGGGGCAUGUACAGCCACACAAAGAGGAUGCAGCCGGGAAAUUCGAGGCAUUAUCAAGUGCUUGUCAAAUUGUGAUUGAGAGACUGAUGAAAUGUGUACAGCCUGCGCAAAAAAACAAAGCAGAGCUCAUGACUUUAAUGCAACUUUUUUCAAAUCAUCAUUAGUCGCAUCAUGCAGCCAAGAAUGUAUUAAAAAUCUAAACAUAUAGCCCAACAUUUGUCACAACUAAAGUUACAUAAAUAACUUUAAGUUAAGCAUAUAGGAGUACCUCUUUCUUUGUUAACCGCUCAACACAGAAUAGCCGCAUGUGCGCACCUCCUCAAAUCGUUUGGAGAAAAUAUCCUUUCUAUUGUAUUCUUCAUACUAUAAAAUAAUGCCACGGAAUUCUAAGCAAAUCUUGUCUGCCAAAUGAGCUAGUGUAGCCCACAGCCAUAUGGCAUAGCCAGAUCAGAGCGUAACAUAAGGACAACUCAGAGUAUGCUAUUCUGUUCUUCUGAAAUAGACUACAUUUUCUUCAUAUCAUGUUUCUUUAGACCUGUCUAAAAUAAAUAAUGCAUUUAUUUAGAUGGUGUAGGCUAUAUUACAUGGAUUUGUCAUUUUAAAUGUUUUAUGUAGAUGUUCCAAAGGUCUGCAUCAGUGGCUUGUAGGCUAUGCGUAGAAGCCAGGAGAUGCUAAAUGUUUUUAUGUUAAUUAACGGUCAAUUACCGUGAGACUGGCAGUUAUUGGCUUGACAAUCACUGUGUGACAAAAUGUAAUGACCGCCACAGCCCUGCUCAUAGACGAAUACAGAUUUUCUUUGGUUUGAAUGAAAUCAAUCUGGUAGGUAGGGAAGGAAGGAAGGCAAUGCAGUUUCAGUUGUCAAAUCGCUGACCCCCUCUUCUCACAGACCAGCAUGAGAACCUGCAGUGUUUCCAGUGCUUCAUCACAUUCUGUAACUCCAAAGCCAAGGAGAGGCACAUGAAGAAGAGCCAUCGCGAGGAGUACAAGCAGCAGCUCCAGCAGGUAUGCUACUACACAACCUGCCUAACAAUCAAAACACUUAAUAGAAGAGAGAACCUACUGAAGCCCUGUUUUUGACCUUAAACAGUUUUCUGUCAUAUUAAAAGCUUCAAACAAACAUAACAAUACUUAAUUCCAGACUAGACCAGUAGGAAUUUGCGGGGACCCCCUCCCCCCCAUUUAGCAAAAACUUCCAUAAAUUACGUUAUGCCUGUGUUUUAUUCCCAGGGAGAUACUCUGUUCACCUGUUAUGUGUGUGACCGUACCUUUCCGUCCUCGGAGGAGCUGACCCAGCACCAGGGCUCACACAACAAGGAGGACAAGCCCUUCAAGUGUCCCCACUGCCAGGAGAGCUUCCGCACCUUCUCUGAGGUGAGUGCAGAACAGUGACACAGGUUCUGAACCAAUAUGUGUUUAGUGUAACACUGCUUGAAUAGUUUGAAAAAAACUAGCAAAGUGUCUCGACAUAAGAAUAAAUAAAGGUGUUUUAUUGUCACAUACAUCGGAUAGGUGCAGUGAAGUGUGUUGUUUUUACAGGGUCAGCCAUAGUAGUACGGCGCCCCUGGAGCAAAUUAGGGUUAAGUGCCUAGCUCAAGGGCACAUCGACAGAGUUUUCACCUUGUCUGCUGUGAUAUUCGAACCAGCAACCUUUCACUUACUGGCCCAACACUAACCGCUAGGCUACCUGCUACCCAGGCUACAUUAACACUUGCCCAGGGCAAUAAAACAUUUUCAGGCCAGCAGAUUAUAGAUUUAAGUUGUCCAAAUCGUUCAAAAAUCACUAUCAAACAAUUAGGCUACUCUGAUCAGAAUUGGUUAAAUGUGUCCUUCCGGAUAUGAAGUGUUGAUCACUGUCCUCCCAAUCUACGUAGAGUGCAUCGGAGUAUAAUUAUUGUAGGCCUGCAAUGACAGGCAGUCUUUCAAUCAUGCAGUCGCAAGAUUUGUUUUUUAGAUCAAAGUGCACAUUUGUUCAUAUUCAUUGCUAGUUAGUGAGUUAUUUGCCCAGUUAUAGCACAUUUUUGUUCAGCAAUGAAAAUCCUUAAAGUCAUGGUGCGUGUAUCACCUGUGUGUGUGCCAGUGGGCUGUUGCCACUCGUGUAUAACCGCAAAUGGCCGACAUUCAGUUGAUACGGGUGCGCAGUUGAUGAAACCAAUGCUGCAUACUCCGUUUGUAAUACUGUCUCACUAGCUCAACAUUUGCUAGGAUUCUCCUCUACUGGCCAUGAAAUUCUGACAAAGUAAAAAAAAAAAAAAUCUUAGAAUAGCCUAAUUGACAAGUAACUCCUAUUCUGUCAAGAUCUCCCCUGAACACUGAAUAUUUUAACCUUGCAAAUAAACAUCUUAGUUAGCUACCUCUCCCACCUUAGCCAUUUGAUCCCUGGCUCAUUGAAUUAGGGAAUUAUUUUAUAAAGACAUAAAAAGUAUUUGGUUGUAAUUUUAAUGUUGCAGGAUGGCCAACUAUUGUCCAGGAGAUUCCAGGAGAGCUACUGGGUGUGCAGGCUUUUGCUCCAGGCCUGCUCGAACACACCACAUUGUAAUAAAAUCAGCUGCUCAACAGGACCUUGACUGGUGUGUUUGAGCAGGGUUGGAUCAAAAGCCUGCACUCCCAGUAGCUCUCCAGAUGGAGGGUUGACGGACCAUGCGUUUUAUACACUAGCCUUUUUAUAUCCGUGCAGUAUUUUACUUUGUGCCGGGUUAAGUGCCUUGCUCAAGCCCACAAGGAGGAGAUGUAAUACAUGGGAUCAGAGACCAGCUGCCUUCUAUUGUCAAUACCAGCGAUAAUAAUGAAUGUUAUUUUGUGAAGUGGUUCCUUGCAUCAUACAACACCAUUUUCAGUCACCUUUUUUGCCCAUGGUGUUUAUUUUAUUUAUUAGUAGUUUUGUAAUGUUUUUUUAUUUUUAUUUUGGGUGGUAGAUCAGCUUUAAUAUUGCAGAUAGAUUGUAACUUCCAUCAAUGUAAUUGUCUGCAUGGUGUUACAGACCUUUUUUUUGUUGUGGCUUGAGCUUUCGGACAAGUAAAAACUCAGUCCUACUUGUCCAAAGGACAAGAGGCUAAAAAAGUUAAUGUCAAGCCCCGGACUCUUCCCUCAGCCUUGACUCACGUGUCCGUUCUGUUUACUCUCUGUCCCCCUCAGCUGACGACCCACAGGAGACAGGUCUGUCCAGAGAGGCAGUUUGUAUGUAAGGACUGCAGUGAGACCUUCCGCAGCCCUGCCCUCCUUCGUACCCACCGCCUGGCCCAGCACCCCCGUCCAGAGGCAGAGGUGGAAGAGCCAGAUGACCCUACCAAGACCCACCGCUGUGGGAAGUGCAACCGGGGCUUCGAAACGGAGUCUGAGCUAAUAAUGCACCAGGAGAACCACGCCGGUGACCAGCAUUGCAACGGCGGCGCCUCGCCAGCCAAGAAGCGCGGACGGCCCAUUAAAGCAGAGGACACAGCGGUCGGAGAGAAGAAAGGGAAGAGGAGGAAGAAGAAGGAAGAGGGGACAGAGGAGGCUGAGACUGGAAACAAUGCAGAGGAGGCUGCAGCAGCUCCGGCUGAGACCAAGGGGAAAGCAGCAGCCGGCGGCAGACGGGGUCGUCCUAAAGCAACAGCAGGCGAGGAGGCCAGAGAAGACGACAGUGAAGUCCCAGCAGAGGAGAAGAAACCCAAGGCGGCUCCCGCUCCGCCCAAGCAGCACCCCUGCCCUGAGUGUGAGCUCACGUUCCAUGCCCUGGCCCAGCUCCGCGCCCACAAGAAGGAAAAGCACACCCCACGUAAGGCCCACCCCUGCGAGGAGUGUGAGGAGAGCUUUGCCCGUGCCGAGCAGCUAGAAGCCCACAAGAACCGGGCACACACCAAGGGGCGUUACGCCUGCCCUACCUGUGGCAAGAGCUUUGGCCGAGAGAGCAACCUGAAGGCCCACCAGCAGAGCAGCCACCCGGAGGAGGAGGAGAAAGAGGCAGCGGGCCGCAGCAAGAGAUAAUUCAGAAUGGGGAAGGGGGGUUUUCUGUAAAGGGAUUGGGGAGGGGACGAAGAAUCGGAGAGGGAUUUUAAAGAAUUAGAAUUUGGUCAAGGGUUUUUGUUGGUGUGAGGUUGGGCGUGAAAUUUAGAUCAUGAGUUUGGAGUGUUUUUAGAAUGUGAGAAAGACGGGUGAGGAAUUUCUUGCAGGAUUUUUAACAGGUGAGCUGAGAUGUCCCACUGAUUGUUCAGCAUUUGCCAUUUUUGGGUUGUGUUAGGGUGUUCAAGGCACACAUCACGCUUGGAAUGACUGACUUACUAACCAAAAGAUGUAAGCCGUUGUUAAACCCAUCUGUCAUACACCUGUGUCUUAUCUGGACUAAGAACAACAGCAAUUAGUUUUGGGCAUCAUGUUUGUUCCCUCAUUUUUGUUUUGAUUAAUAUCUUUUAAAUGAUUAUCAUGAUAAUUGAGUGUUACUGUUUUUACAUUUUUUAGAGGUGUUUGUGUGAAAGAGUGUGUGUAUAAUGGCUUUCAUGCUGUCUGACACAUGGCGCUUUUCUUGUUUGUUUUAUGAUUUUUAUAUUGCUAAGUAAGUGUUCUGUAGUAGCAGAUGAAAUGCAACCACUGUGCAUUUUAUAAAACCUGUUGAGGAUAUUUACUAUUUGAAAGAGAUUUUUGUGAAAAGUAAACAUGGAUUGGAAUGUUUGGGAGUUGCAAUUUCUAAGAGACAUUAUGUUUCUAUUUAUAUAUGGUUUCUGGUUCAUGUAGUGGUGCAUUGUCAUGCCAAACUGUUUCUAUUAUGAUUAACUUCUAAAUUAUACUGCUAUUGUUAAAUGCACAGAGUAAAUGUAUAAAAAUAUGAAAAUGUAUUUCUCCACUAAGUUAGUUUCGUUUAGGCCCAAUGGUUCUUUGGUGUCAUGCAUAGAUUUUCACGUCAUCCUAAACAAU